AUGUUGGAAGGAUGGUUGGAAGGAGCGAGUGGGGAGGAACCAGUGGGGGAGCUCGAGGUGGUGCUGGGGAACUGCGCGAAGGAGGGUCGGGAGCUGGCGAGGAGGGAGCAUCGGGAGCGGGUGGAGCGGAUGGCGGUCUUGGUGGGAAGGGUGCAGGAUCUGGAGGCGUUGCCGGUGAUGGGGGACGAGGAGACGGCCGAAUGGACGCGGACGACGGAGGAACUUAGGCGAGCGGUCAACGAGCGCGCGCACCAACUUCGGAUCCGAGCCCACGUACCCGAAAUCGCUACCGAGGAACGACUGUCGCGGCCGGUCCACGCCAAGCUCGCGGCACGGAGUUCGGAUUCCAAGAUCACAGCACUGCGAUUGCCCAACGGAGAGCUGACACAUGACAUUGACGUCGCGCUUGACCACACACAGGCGCACUUUCAGCGCCUCUACGAUCUCGAGCCGCGCGAUCGGGACCACGUCGAGCGACUUAGGGACGAUUUCUUGGCGCCGAUCAGGUCGGCGCGCACUUGCGAUGACCCGAGCUCGGACCCGCUCUUUCUGCGACGACUCUCGGAAGCGCACAUCGAGCUGCUGCAGCAACCCAUCACCGAGGACGAGGUCGUAGCCGCAAUCGCAACAACACACCCCGGUCGAUCGCCGGGUCCAUCUGGCGUGCCCUACGAGCUCUAUCACACAGCGCCGCGGGCGUGGGCCAAGGCGCUGAGCAGGGCCUUCAACGCGAUGACCGAGCGCGGCUCGCUUUCACCGAAGCAGGGGCAAGGUGACAGGCAACGUCGGAGGGGAUGA